UUCUGAGGAGGAUCUUUCAGACAUACAGUGAAAGGAUCCUCUUUCCUGCUACCUCUCUUUUCCUCUCUUUCUCUCACGUUGAUGCUCAUUGAAGAUUACUGGUCAGCCCACACGACUAAUGGCGAAUAAUUAUCACCAGUUUUUGCUCACUUUGGGGUCACCAUCUUUUUAACUGGGCAUUACCAGUGCUGUGGAUGGAAGCACAUGUAAGGGAAGGACCAGAAUCAGCACGGUGCUACUGCUACUGAACGGUUCCCUGUGAAGUAAGAGAAGUGGGAGCGGACCCACAUGACACAUGCUGGCCAACCUGCAACUGAAAUCCAAAGAUAACAGGCUCUAACACAUAGACUGACAGUCAUGGUGACGAACAACUCGAAGGACAACCACACCGCACACUGUGUGGAGAUAUCGGCCAGUCCAAUCAGCGAUCUUUUGAUGAGUAUCUACAUCCUGGCAUUUGCGCUGGGCCUGGUCGCCAACCUGCUGACUGUAGGCCCCAUUAUCAGGCAGAUCUGUAGUCACAAUGUGCUGGGUAUCUACCUUCUCAACCUGUCCAUCUCAGACCUGCUUUACAUUUUCACCAUGCCCCUGUGGAUCUAUUACUAUCGAAAUGACCAUCGCUGGGAUCUGGGCCUGAAGUCGUGUCAGAUGGCUGGCUUCUUCUACUACUCCAACAUGUACAUCAGCAUCUACCUGCUGUGCUGCAUUUCGGUGGACCGCUGCCUGGCCAUCACAUUCCCCCUGCAGGCAAAGACUUUCCGCCGUUCCCGCUACGCAUGGGGGGUCUGUCUGUUGGUCACCCUUGUGGUCAUGUCCCUGCACAUCCUGGUGUUGGUCAUGGACAACCUGGAAGACCCCCUGGACGACGACAUACGCUGCUACGAGAGUUUCCCCCUGACCGACUCCGUGGCGCUCUUCAACCUCAUCCGGGUGGGGCUGGGCUUCGUCGCCCCCCUGGUGCUGCUGGUCUUCUGCUACACGCAGAUUUUCUCCAAGGUGCGGCGCAGCCACGGCGUGGAGGAGCAGGUCAAGCGCAAGGUGAAGCUGCUGUCAGUGGCCGUCAUCGUCAUCUUCGCCGUCUGCUUCGCCCCCUACCACAUCCUGCUGCUGCUGCGGUCUCUGGCCUACCACUCCAUGGAGCGGGCCGCUAACUGUCACUUCGAGCAGAGCCUGCACUUCUGCUUCUCCUGCACUCUGGCCCUGUCCAGCCUCAACAGCGUGGUGGAUCCUCUGCUCUACGUGCUGGUCAGCAACGGGGUCAAAGAGGACAUGUGCUUCCCCUGCCGGAGAGGCCGGAGGAAGGAGCCGAACCCCAGUGCCCCUGUGACCCUGCAGAGGCAAACCUACCUCCCUACCCUGCCCUGACCCCGGGCGA